CUCGUUUGUAAAGCAUUUAUUAAAAACCUGCUAACGGCAUAAUCAAUUAAUUUAAUUAUGAUUAGAAUUUGCUAAAGAAUAGUGUGUUGUAAGCAAAACAUUGAUUGAAUUUGGAUUUUCGAAAAAAAAUGGCCAAUAAUUGUGUUAUAACUUUCGAUCAAAAUGAAUACGGAACUUAUUUUACCGGUCAGCUGUUAACGGGAAAAGUUGUAAUAACUUUAAAUAAACCGAAAAAGUUUAAAGGCAUUAAAUUACAAAUAAAUGGCUAUGCUCAAUGUCAGUGGCGUGAACGACAUGGACGCAAAAGACCCAUUUAUAAAACAAAUUUAAAAAAGAGAAAUAUAUUCUAUGGUCAUGAAGAUUAUAUAGCGUCCACUACAUUUUUAGUGGGCUCAGAGGAAGGACAAAGUUUUGCCAUAGACUCGGGUACUCAUACCUAUACAUUUUCCUGUCCUAUACCCAUGAAUUGUCCCUCGUCAUAUGAAGGUGCUUUCGGUCAUAUACGUUAUAUGGUUAAAGUAACAUUUAUCAGAUCGGGAGCUUCAAAUCGUACACAUACUAAGGGAUUUACGGUAUUGAAAUUAUUGGAUUUGAAUAGAGAAUCAGCUCUUUUAAAGACUCCCGCUUGCAAUGAAUCCCUAGAAAACUUUUGCCUAUUACCCAAUAGCAAGGCGGUCCACUUAAGAGUAGAUGUUACCCAAACCGGUUAUGUGCCGGGACAAAUGAUUUUAGUUAGUUCACAUGUCAACAAUGAAUCCAGUGCUGAUGUUAAGAAACUUUUGAUUACUUUAAAUUUGCGCGCCACCUAUAUAUCGGAUACACCCUGUAUGCGUACUAUUUCCGAGAAACUUUGUUUAGUUAAGAAAUACUGUGGUCCAGUGGCUCGUCAUACGACUAAAGAUUUUGCUGAAAUCAUAAGAGUACCAGCUACACCGCCCAGCUGUGAUCAUUUGAGUAAAGUUGUAAGACUUUCAUAUGAGAUUUGUGUAAAGGCCAUAAUGAAUCAUUUUAUGAGAGAUCCCAAAACUAUAAUACCCAUAACAGUUGGCAAUGUACCAUUAGUAACGCCAAACGUUGAAACGGAGCCGCCCAGUAUCGAUGAUGUACCCACAACAUCGGCCUGUGCCAUGCAACGUGCCGAGGGUGAUGAUCAUAAUUUGUUGAGUGAAGAAACGGAAGUUGAUUAUGAAUUACCCCCUCCCACUUAUGAAGAGGCCAUGUUUAUGACCACGAAUAUAGCUGAUGAUGAUGCUAAUACUGUGAGUGAAAAUGCUCAAUUUACUCCACGUUAUCCGGUCUAUGAUGUUGAUAAUAUUGUUAUGUCGUCUGCUAUGGCCCAAAGUCCACCACCUAAUCCUCCUCAAAAGCGACGAAAACGUAGAAAGAAGAACACCUCACAACCUGAAAUGUCUAGCAUUGAAGAAAAACCUCCCAGGGAAUCACCGGUGGGGAUUUAAUUGUUUGCAUUUAAAGAGAUUUAAUAAAUUAUAUCAUUUACAGCUAAA